AUGUCUGGGGGCUGGCGCCGCGGCGGUUCUGCCAGCACGCAACAGACCUUUACUGUGCAGAUCAUUUCUUCGGAUGAGGAGGAAGAGGAGGUAGCAAAAGCGCUUCCAGCAGGUCCUACAGCACGAGACCAAGCGCCUCAGGUCGAAAAGCCCAGCCAGCCACCGCCAGCUAUCGACUCUGCUCCCGCAGCCCAGCCAGCUGCCUCGCCCAUCGAUGCAGACGCUGUGCUCGUGUGGCUGCCGUGCACCAUCUGCGGCAGCACCAUCUUCGCGUCCAAGGAUGUCAAGGCACACCCCGUGCUUGAAUGCGCUGUCUGUCCGCGGUGCGAGUUUGGGUACUCUCAACACAUGCUGGAUGGCCAGUUGAACGUUCCCCUGGACGCCCAAGGCUCGCAUGAACGGUGUACUUGGUGCCUCCAGCCUUAUGAAGGCACGACGGAUAAGGACAUUGAAUUGCUCAUGUGCGAUGUGUGCCCUCGGGUUUUUUGCACCGAGUGCUUGCAAGCCAAUCUUGGACCAGCUGCAUUGGAAGGCAUGUACGCCGCUGAUCCAUGGCGGUGCCUGUGCUGCGAACCAAGUGUGUUGACCAGCCUGCGCAGCGAACGUGAUCGCUUUAUUGCCGCCGCCAUCGACAACGAGGACCAUAUCGCCGACAACAGCCUGGAGCUGAAAUCCAAUGAUGCCUGGACCAAAGAGGACUUUGAGCGCUACAUGUCGGACCCCGCUAUCGACUUUUGGGUGCAGCAAUAUGCCCGUGUGCUAGAACUCCUUGCCUGUGAUGAACCCGACGAGCUGGCCUCGCCCUGCAUGCAAAUUGUGCCACCCGUGCUGGAUAACGAUGCACCUCAACCCCUCAGUACCAAAAUUUAUACCCAGGCAGCUCUCCUCGAGGAACGUUUGGACCAUCGUGUCGUGCUGCUCAUGCAGCGGCAAAUCUUCGGGCAUGCUGUAAGCGACGAAGAAGAUGAUGAUGACCUCGCCUUCACCUCCAACCCCCUCGACCAGCCAGAACAAGCUCACCUGCGUCUCAAGGAAACCCGAGCUGACCGACUGGCUCAACGUCAAGCAGACAAAGCACUGGCGAAACUGCGCCCCGUUCGUAAAGGCCGCGGGGGAGAAAUCGAAGGGUCGGGCGCUUCCGGCUACGUGCCAGCCUGCGCCAGCGUGUAUGAGAUAGACUCGUUGGAUCAAGCUGCAGCCCGCGAUGUCAUUGAAGAUCUAGAGGACGACCCAGCCGCCAAAGUGCUUCCCGAGCAACAAGCUUGUAUGGAAAAUGAAAACCGCAUCCUCCUGGAAGCCGGCCUGCAAGAGCGAAUCAAGCUGCGCACUCUGCAGCGUGACCAUGAACUCACCCAACGGCAUCGAGGCACAAAUAGAAUUAGUCGCCACGUCCCCAAGCGACGCCGUGCCCCCAAUGACACACUGCGCACUCCGACCCUGUCGGACAGCUCCGAGAGCCUGGACAGCGACGUAGCGUACAGCUCUGCCGCCGAGAAGAGCACCGAUGACAGCGAACAGCAUUAUGAUAAUCAAGACAAUGGACCCGAUGUUGUCCAGAACGACCUGGACGACAAUGACAUCUCCCCCAACGACCACUCUCCAGGCAACAGUUGGCAGAAUAAAACAACGCACGCUUGGGGUCGUACAGCCCACAGCAGCUCCAUGUUUGAACCCAGUCGCACUCUUUCUGAACUCAAUGCCCGCCGACACAGCCGUGAGGGCCUUCAUGGGGAGGCCUUCGCCUUUAUGAGCGAUAUUUCAGAUCUAACCCUUGAUGAAAUGCUUCAGGGCUCUGCUUCACCUCCGCAAAAGCGACAUCGUCGCCGUCGCCACCCAGCUCAACGAAACCGCAAUGUGCCCCUCAGUCAAUCUGCCAUGUUGAAACUAGUCAAAGCACGCGCGGCCAACCGCGAGGAAAACCAACGGAAGGAUGAAGAUGACCUAUCUUUGGGUUUUGUCGUGAACCUCACGCGGGGUCACCAAGAACCCAUCUUGCGAUUGGCACCGGAAGUCUCACAACAGUUGAAAAGCCAUCAGCUACAAGGCAUUCGGUUCAUGUGGGACAACGUCGUCGACAGCACAAAAGAGCUCAUGAAAGACAUGCCCCGAAGCUUCAGUCACCAUGCCUGCAUACUCGCUCAUGACAUGGGCUUGGGCAAGACCAUGCAGUGGUACAAGGAGGGGGGCAUGCUCGUGCUAGGGGUGGCAAUGCUGUAUAGCCUGCUGGGAACGCGCCAGGAUAAGCAUGUGGGACACAAACUUCGCAAGUACUUGCGCAAGCACACGCAGUUGCUGGUGGUGGAUGAGGCUCACCUUUUAGGACGCAAGCGCUACUAUGACUGCAUCAAUUCCUUUGUAACUCGAUGCCGAAUUCUUCUGACUGGAACUCCUUUGCAGAAUCACCUGUCCGAGUGGGUUUUGUCAAAAUUGCGUGUCUCGUGCUGCUGCUUCCGUCGGGUUUUUGGGCUGCACGUCACGCAUUUUUAUCGCGUUGCCCGUGUUGUCGCUCUCCCUAACCCCACGACCCCCGUCGCUGCUCAACCUGGUGACUCGGCAGCUGGCCAGGCACCCGAUGCGGACUGGUCCACUCGGCGCAAGUGCAAGUAUCGCUUGGCCACGCUGCAGAGCAUCACCGCGGGCUUUCUACAGCGGCGCUCUCGGCAGGAUGCAGAUGCCAUCCAUGCGUCGCGACAAGAACACGUCAUCUUUGUCAAGCUCUCCCCAGCCCAGCUCGUCCUAUACUUCCGUUGUCUGGUAGCACAUAAGCAGCCCCGACUACAAGCGCCCAGCAGCUUCUGGAGUCUAAUUCGCCCCUUGCAAACUAUCAUUACCUGGCCCCCCUCGCUCGUGUCAUCAAGUAGCGUCGCUGCACUGGAAACAAGUAAAGGCCCCACCCGGCGCUUGGGCAGAUCCAAUGACAACAGCGCCCCAGCAGAGGCUGCUGCAGAGGCCGAGAACAGCGAUGUGGGAGAUGAUGACGUCGAGCCCUUCUUUGAUCCAGCUAUGGCACAGGCCGCGGCUCAGUCUGCCAAGAUUGACAUUACCCUGAGUCUAAUCCGUGAAGCAUUGAGCACGAAUGACAAACUUGUUUUCUUCUCCCAAUCUUUGUUUGUGCUCAGUGUGAUUCAGCAGCGCCUGGAGACUGAGCUUUUCGCAUUGCGUGAUGGUCUGCGUCCCAUGCGCAAGGACCAGGACUUUUUCCGCUUGGAGGGCGAGACGAGCAGUGCCCGCCGGAAGGACAUGUGUGAUCAGUUCAACCAACCGGACGAGCCCUGCCGCUUGUUUUUAGUGUCCAUUCGUGCUGGGGCCACGGGCUUGAACAUGUAUGGAGGCAACCGCGUCAUUCUCUUUGACGUGUCUUGGAAUCCAGCUACGGACAAUCAAGCCAUCUCGCGUUGUCAUCGCUAUGGUCAGCAGAAGACGGUUUACGUUUAUCGUUUGGUGGCAGCUGGGACGAUCGAAGAGCACAUUCUCAGUCGCCAGAUCAACAAAAUGACCAUCUUCCAAAAUGUUAUUGACAAAAGCGCGUCUAAAAACAAUUUGUCUGGUGGUAUGAUGCGACGACUUCUUGCCUUGCCACCAGCCCAUUUUGUGGCUCACUUAAAUAACGACGCGGCGGUGGACAUGAUGAAGCGCGAUGCAUCCAACGACUGGCUACGCGCUGCCAUGGACGAACUGCUAGACAAGGCGCUAGCUCGUAACAUGAGUGAGUCGCAGGAAGACUCACAAGCGCAGCAAUUGGAGAAUGCGGCCACGGACGAUGCCAGCAGCGCUUCGGACAGCGACGCAGAGGCACAUCAGCAGGACGCUGUCUUGGAGCGGGUGCAACGUGAAAACAAACACUGGAUUGCGCGCGUUAUGUGGCUGGAUGAUGCCAUCGAUCUGGAUACGGAUGAGCUGUUGGACGACAACAACACCGAGCUGGCUAUUGCCGAGUACACGCGGGAGGUAUCCGCCGAGAAUGAGAUUCCAGCAGAGGGCCAGCAAAGCGUUUUGAAUACUCCGAGCGACAUGCGCAUUCGCAUCCCCGUCCAGACUGCGCACUUGCUGCGCUCCUUGAUCAGCCGAGACGACUACCAGAUAAGCACGGACAAGGCAGGCACGAGCUCAAGCCAGGCACCGCAGGCCACUCUCCCCACUUCCACCAUGGUUACUGAGCAACCCUCCCAAGCUGCUGCGUCAAACCCUACCGGUGGCCCGGUGCAGGCAGAGGGUACAGAGGUGGGACCAGCUCUGUCCGAGGUGAUGGCAAUGGCUCAGGGCCAGGACACUCAGCAAGAACCGAAGCGAGCCAAAUGUGAGUUUGUUUUGAUUGUCAUGGCAGGCCAAAGCAAAGUCGUGCAAUCAACACGUUGUUGCUCUGGCGAGGGCGUCUCAUUGGACGAUAUGAUUCGCAUAGUGGACCAAGACCUCAGUCCUGACAAUCAGGUUGCGAGCAAGAAAACGGCUGAGGCCGCAAGCACCACACUCGCCAGCAACCCUCCUGUGUGUAACGCGGUGACAAGUGCUGCCGGCGACAACCAGCCUUUACUGCUGCCCGUAACGCCUGCAGCAGUCGGCACUACAGACACGACGCUCAAGAGUGUAGAACUAGGUACUGACCCGAAGAGUGAGGCAAGCGGUAGGUGA